AUGGCUAACCCAAACGAAUGGUCGUCUCAGUUCUACAACAACAACCAAACCUUCUUCACAACUUCCACCACCACUUCAACAGCCGUCACAACCACAACCACCACCACUACCGGUGAAGCCAACUCCAUAGACUCUCGUCUGAGUCCAGAAACCGGUCGUGUAACCAAACCCGCACGUAGAAGAUCAAGAGCAUCACGUAGAACACCAACAACACUUCUCAACACCGACACAUCCAACUUCCGAGCCAUGGUUCAACAAUUCACUGGCGGACCAUCCGCUAUGGCUUUCGGGUCCGGUAACACUACUUCCGGUUUUAGCCUCACCUCUUCGUCGGAUCCAUCCGCUGGAUCUUCCCAACAAGCUCCUUGGCAAUAUAACUUCCAGCCUCACGCGCCGCCUCCACCGCAACGGCCUUAUAUGUUCUCGUUGAGCAACGUGAACCCUGUCGUUGGGUAUAGUAACAUGAAUAACCCUAAUACGGUUGUUUCCGGUGUGUUUGGGACGACGGGUGGUUCUGCUCCGUCGUCGUCGAAGGAGGCGACGAAUAGUAAUACGCCUUCCUCGAGGCUACAAUGA